GUUCGCCGGUGUGCGCCGCUACUGCUGCGGAUAUUCCAGCGGCCAUUUUUUUUGUUUACGAGACGCUAUCUCGACCCAUGUCUGUAGCGUCUUCUCAGUUCUCAUCCUUCAACUCCGUUCUCGUUCCUAUUUUUAGACGCGUACAUUUUUACUUAAAUAAUUGUUUUGUAUUGUUAUAUAGUGUCGUUUAAACGUUUAGCAAAUAUUUAGGCGUGUUAGUAUUAAUAUUUUUUUGUAAGCGGACGUAUCGCACUCAUCAGGAAUGGCCGACAACCAGCAACAAAACGGGUCGCAACAGUUUGAAAACGCCGCGGACGCACAGCAGCAACAGCACCUGAACGGCACCGCCGAAAAUUCCACAACAAACAAUGAUUCCGGACAAUUUGAAUGCGUCCGGGACGACGACAGAAAAAUAUUUGUUGGAGGACUCAAAGGAGAAACUACUGAAAAAGAUUUAAGUGAACACUUUGGUCAGUUUGGUGAAAUCGAAAAUAUUAAUGUCAAAGUAGAUGCUGCCACUGGUCGGGCGAGAGGGUUCGCUUUCAUUGUAUACAAGACAAUGGAAGGCCUAGACAAUGCUUUGGCGUGUACUAAUCAUGUAAUCAAUGACAAGAAAAUUGACCCCAAAAAAGCUAAAGCACGACAUGUUAAAUUAUUUGUUGGAGGAUUGUCUCCUGAUUUAACUGAUGAUGACAUUAAAGAUUAUUUCAAACGUUAUGCACCGCUGGUGAACGCUGAGAUGCCAUAUGAUAAAGUUAAAAACCAACGAAAAGGUUUUUGCUUUGUUACAUUUGAUUGCAUGCAGGCAGUAACGGAAAUAUUAAAAACGCCAAAACAUGUGAUUAAUGGGAAACAAGUCGAUGUAAAAAAAGCUGCAUUAAAAGUAGAGCCUUAUGGAAUGAUGCCUGGUGCUUCAGGACCUAUGAGGGGAAUGCGAGGGAAUGUUAGGGGUCGAGGAGGUAGAGGAGGAUAUGAUUAUUAUAAUCAAUACACAGGAUACAGUCCUGACUACAGUUAUAGUUAUGGUUAUCCAAGUUAUGGUGCUGGUGCUGGAGCAGAUUACCAGUAUGGAGGCUAUGAACCACCUGCACCACGUGGUGUCCAUGGAAAUCGUGGAGGAAAAGAUUUUCCUCAAAGGAAACCUGUCAAGACGUCAGCUUAAACACCUAUCGCUGAGCCAUUUACACAGUCAUCGUAUGCCAUACUGUUUUGCGUGAGCAGUAUUGUUGAUUUCGUUUUGCUUAUGUACAAUAAUAUAUAAAUAAAAAGUUAAAUAAAAAAAAAAAAAUUAUAAAAAUUGGAUCCUUUGGCUAAAGUGUAUAAAUACUUGGGCUUAACGUCUAUCAGGGUCUAACAUAUAAUGAUAUGUGUAUGUAUUGUAUGUACAUAAUAGAAUGCCUACAACUUGAUGUAUAUCUCAAUUUUUUUUUUUUGUGUAAUUUUUUUUAUUUAUUUAUAUUUUGUACUUUUUUUUUUUAAUACAAAAUAAGUCCAUAGACAUAUAUUUUCAAUAGGGUGUGCACAUGUUUUUCCUUCCUUAAACUUUUUUUGGACAGUUUAUAUUUAUUACUGUGCAUUUGAAGAAGGUUGAAUUAACACUAGAUUAUAAUAAUGUUUAAAUUUUUGGCAGGAUUAUUACACUACUAAUAUAUUUAAAAAAAAAAAAAUAAUAAUAAUAAUAAAUAAAAACAUAAAUUGUGUAAUUUUUAAAUUUAAUUAUAUCAUGGAUUUAACUUAUGAAAGUUUUGCGAUCAUUAGACUUUACAAUAAACAAACCUUAUACGCUAAAA